AUGAAAUUUACCCACAUUAUUAUACUUGCCCUUCUUCUCCUGGCUGUUUAUACUACUGCCAAACCAACUGACGAGGAUCUAAAAAAUAAAUUACGCAAACUGCGGGACAAACUGCGGGGCGAACUAGGGGACAAACCACGGGACAAACCACGGGGUAAACCCAAACCACGGGCAAAGAUAGUGGACUAUAUACCUGCUACCGAAAUUCUGCCUUUACCAGUCUCUGUUGAAACAGUCGAUGACGCGCCUAAUAACUACCUUGUAAAAAGUUCGUUAUAUUCCAGUGGAUAUGAAAAUUAUGGUAAUUUUACGACCAAACUUACAUGCGAAGACGGUGUAAACGUUAAGUCAAUUAAACCGAAGUUUAAUAAAAACGAAAGUGACUCCCUUAGAAGCGACUUUAAAUUGGUUGUUCCCCCAACCAAGAAGAUAGUGACUUGUGUUAAACAUGUGGCUGAAGGAAAUACUUCUAUGAUUAUUUCUUUUAGUUUUUAA